AUAAUCCUAUGGCCUACCCAACCAGCGAGAGCUCAACGUGAGAUCAGUUCGUCUGCAGCAUCCGACUCGCUCGCGUGUUUAUCUCUACGAUUAGCUAAGGUCGUCUUCGCUUUGGAAUGGAUGCUGCCAUUGCUGCUGGAAGACGGAAUACCGGUUUGACUGGACCGAACAACGAAGAACGUCUCCAUCGAAAAGGAGCUGGCCGCAUCCGCUUUGGCAAUAGUUAAUUAUGGCAUUAUAAUUGUCAACUGUCGUAGCCAAGAGGGAAUCCCGACGAAGAUGAUCAUCAGUGAACCAUCCGGAAUAUUGAAUACAUUGUUCCGCAGCAAGUGUGACAUCAUGUGAAUCGAGCUUAUCUCGAUUUGUUUAUUUAGAUGGCAGAUUACUUUACGUUGUUCGAUCUAAGUGUUUAUUGGUGCUGGAAUAUGACCAACAAUAAGUUGUCUUCGGUCGAAUGAGACGAAUGAAUUAGUUUGACGCGAAUCAGCGAGAGUUUUUCGAACGUUUCAGGUUACUCGCGAUGAGAAUAAAGUGUCUUUUAGUUUCUGCAUCGGAAUUUCUCGUUUUAUGAAUUUUGAUUGGAUUAUUUUGGCUAUUGGAACCAAGAAUAAGAUUCCACUAGACUUCCUUUGACACCAUUUGAAAAAAUUAUUAUUUUCCUUCAUCUUCAACAUCUACAUUACUAUUUCAGAGCAUUUAGACCAUGCAUAUUGUUUCCGACAAUCGACAAUUCCUCGUGAUUUGCAACAAAAAUUAUAUGUGCAUCAAUUGGAACGUAUUCCCGGAAAAUACUCUUAGUACAAUGGAAUUUUUUUCUUUCCGUUUGUUCACAAAUUGGCAAAAUGCUAUACAGCUGAAGAUAAAAUAUACAUCAUUUUAAAGCUACAAGUUUCUAGUUUUGGAAUCUCUGGUUGUUGUUUUUUUGGUUUUGACAUGUGUAAAUGUUAUGGACGAAACGUGUAUAAAAUAUGCAUGCAUCGAACCAGAAAUGUGCACCUAGAAAACUGUACCUCUGAUGUAUAACCAAAUCCAGGUGCUCAUUCAAUACGAACGUACAACUUUUCAAAAAUCACAUAAAAAUAUGGUGCUGUACCUGGCUCCUGUAAUUUUUCGUUUGAAUUUGUGACAGUCAGUUUGUAGAUGCAACAAAAUCAUGUUUUGUUGCAACUAUAUUAAUUGUUUUGUUUUCUAUUUUGAUUCUAUUUGUAUAUUCUAACAGUCCAGUUCAAACUUUUGUGGAGUAGAAGAUUGGGCUCUCAGUAUUUACUUCACACUGCCCGCUGGUUACACCUUUUGACAUGAUAAUGAUUGAAAACAACCAUUGCAACCAUUGCGCCUCAAGUCUUAUUCUAGUUCAUCAAGAAACAUUGGAAGCUAUUAUUCUAGGAUAUAUAUUUCAUAACUAUCAAAUAAUCACGACAAAAAGGGUGAUAUUUUCUACCAGCAAGGUUUCAUGCUUGCUGGACCAGAUGGCAAGGAUAUCCUCGGGCCAUGGCUGCAGGCUACUGAAGAUGCCAAAAUGUUGUAAUUCCCCUUCAUCGUGAAGAAGAAGAAACAAGAAUCUUCGUGGCUGAUUCAUUGUUCACACGUUAGAUCCUGAAGAAUAGUUCGGCAUCUUUUAGAUAGCAGCAAAACGCUACUACUCUCGUUGAAUCGUCGCUCAAGAUGUCUCGUACACUCCCGCUGAUUCCAUAGAGAUUUCGCAGAUCCUUGUAUUUCGGGCAACCACACAGGAAAUGUUCAACGGAGUUGCAAAUUUGGCAGUGGCCCCAGAGUAGACGGAAAGGUCCUCUAUACAAUCCGUGCGAGACCGAGCAGUGGCCGGUCCUCAGUCUGGACAGGAUUCGUUGUUCUCGCAUCAUUAGUGCAUCUUCGACCCUGUUCAAUCGAACGCUUACUUUUCUGAGAAACUGUUCUCUAUCUACGAACCAAACCAGCUAUCCGUCCAAAGGGCGCGUGAUCCACAACAUCACUUCUUCGAGCAGCACCUCCCAAAGGAAAAACUGACCGGUGUAAUCGAUUCCAGUUAAUCGGGCCGUCGCUUCAUUCCACUAUGUCCGAGAAUCCACAUGAACACAGUGUCGGGCGAUAAGUACUUUCUGACGGCCUGUACCCAUGAAGACCCAGAAUACCUGACAGAUGUCCGCGAGUUUCUUGCUGGGAAUUAACCUAUUCUUAACGUCGCUUACCCCAAAUCCAAAUCCCAAUGGUCCCAAAUAUCUGAUUUCGUGGAAACGGUAUUUUUCUGCUAUGAUGGCCUUAAAGUGCACGUUCGCCACAAACCAGGAUUGUUUUGCCCCCAGGGUGAGAUUGGAAUGCGCCACACGUUGCAAGAUCGUUUUGCUAAGGGCAAUCAGACGGGUCUCCCCAUACCGCCGGUUUUAAACAAGAAACUGGCAGUCCUGGAUACGAUGAUUAGGUCGAAAGAGAGUUCUCUAAUUUCAGCGCAGACAGAGGCAGCUGGUGUCGAUGACAGGAUGCCGAAGACAGUUCAUAGUGGUAGUGUUAUAAAUCAGUGCCAGAGUUCUUGGGAGCUUGUCUCCGGCCAAACACACCAGAUUGUCAGGCCGUAUGAGGCGGCUGCUAAUAAUAAUUUUUGCCACCCGUAACCGGAUCUUCCUGUUGUUGUUUCGGUGCGGUUUGGAAAUAGUUUUCAACAGGUUCUACCGGGUAACACAACUCUUCUCAACUUCCUCGAAAUGGAGGAGAAAACUAAGUUUGUGGUUGACCAACACUCCAAGGAUCAUGACCAUUUUUUGGCGGGAAAUGUAGUCUUUGUAUAACUUUGUUUACUGAGUGGUACGAUAAAUUGGUGUGACUGAAGAGUGUGCCCCGGUGAGUGUUUUACCUUGAUCGUUUUGGUCAUCGGAGUCUAGGUCAGGUUCGGACAAGUUAGCCAAGUUGCUGUUUUAUAGUGAUCCGCUCGUAUUUUUCUUUUGCACAGUUUGGGAAAGUAGGAAUCUCGUUUCAUGUUUCUCCUUCCGUUGAAGAGCAAAUGUGCCGUCUGUUUGAGCCAUUUUCUUCUCCAUGGUCUUUACGGCGUUGGUUAAUUUGUGCACCGAUGGGCUGUGACUCCAUCGAAGCGACCAGGCUGUCGAUGGUUACUUCAACCUUCAACGUCUCCUUGAGCAACUUACCCGGCCAUUCUGCAUUUGGUCGGGGCCACCUUCUCAUUUGCCGCCUGAUCCGACUCUUUGUUUGCUCUGGCCAGCAAAACUGACCGACCGGCCAAUUUCUGCUUAAAAGAUCGACUUGAUUUUAUAGUCGACGUCCCGGUCGACUUUAAUCUUUUGGAUCAGGUGUUCUCUUCUCUUCUUCCCGGAUAUCCCGAUCAGUCAGAUUGUGGUCAGCAGUGUUGCAAUGGAUACAGCCAGGGUUUCCACUAAUAUUUUUCAAAAACUGGAAGCAUGCUCUCAAAAAUAACUGGAAGUAAACUGGAUCCUAUGAAAACGGUUCAUUUUAAAAAGAUCUUCUUUGAUUUAUCUAAAUUGAUUUUUUAUUUAUUUCAAUGCUUGAGAAAUUCCCUAUGAUGCUUCGUGUAGGGGAACUGGGGGGAAUGUGGUCACCCUAGAUAACAUGCCCAAUUCCUGUUUCCACAUACCACUUAAAAUUCCGUUCUUCGAAGAAUAUUGUAGCUCAACUUAUUGUAGUUCAAGAUAGAAAGCGGUUUUUAUUAUGAAAAUUGAAAAUAGUAUAUUUUUCAUAUAUGUGGUCACCCUAAGGAAUACGACCAUUUCCAGCGUCACAUACCGCUUCAAUGCCCGUUUCUCGAAGAAUAUUAUAGCUCAACUCAUUGUUGUUCAAGAUAGCAAACGGCUUUUACGAUAAAAAUUCAAAAUAGUACACUUUUCAUCAUUAGAAAAAUCGUUAGUCAUCAUUAGUGAAAAAUCGAACAUUAUUUUUGCUUGGAGGUAAAGUGGUCACCUAGUGGGGGCAAAGUGGUCACUAGCACAUAUCAAGCUUAAUGAGAUAGAUUUAUGCGUUUUUUUCGUUCAAAUUUGUUUGAAUCAUAUUUGAUAUAGUAAUAACAUCUAUGAAAUAAGCUUGGCCUAUUCACCUAGAGUCUCAAUUUAAUUUGUCUCAUACAUACAAAAAUGUAGCAAGAAACACAUAACAUUCCACAUAAAAACGCUUCGUUCAGUUGGAGUGGCAUAGUUUUCCAGGGUCAAAGCCACAAAAGGAACCUCUUCAAUAGCAGAAUGUGAUGAGGUAUAUCAGUUUUAGUAAACAGCACAUUGUAUGUCGUUAUUCACCUAUGACCACUUUGCCCCCAAACAUCAAAAUUACUUCUAUGCCAAUUAAUCGCUGAGAAUCAACAAAAUAUCUGUUCACCUCUCCUAGAAUAUGUGAACAAUCGUCCAAACUGAUGAUUUGUCCAAUAUAUCAGAUUGAAUAAACUAAAUUUCACGAGAAAUUCCUUAGAUACCAUGCGCACAGAACUAUGGCCUAAUGGCUAUCGCGAGAACAAUUUCUGUUUUUAUUUAUAUUUUGACAUGCAACAGCCUCACAAUCCGAUCGGCCUGGGUUCAAUCCCAGCUGGCGUCGUUGGGAUUUUCUGAGGUGAAAAAUCUCUGGUUGCGUCUUCCUUCGGAAGGGAAGUAAAAGAAGUUGGCCCGGUUCAGUAGUUGUUGAGUCUGAUAGGUAGGAACAGGUGGAGUCACCUCCCUGAUGUCGGUGAUUGGCACUAAAGUGGCGGAAAUAGGUCGACGAAAAAAUAGGCGAAGAUAAAAAAAAAGCAGGUGACCACUUUACCCCCACUACCCCUAGCAUUUAUAUGUAGAUGUAGAUGUAGAUAAAACGAUGAAGUCAACCCUAUCAUUCGAGCAGAUCAAUAUGACAUUUCCCACCACUCGAACAUUUCUAUGAAACUAUAUUUGAGGAUCUUUUCUUCUAGAACCUCUAAAAAAAGUUUUUUUUGGUAAAAAAACUCGCAUUUAUUGUUUCAUGUCGAUAACAUCGCUGAUAGGAGUCGCAAAACUGCUCGACAAUAUAAUCUGGUUAUGGAUCAUUGCACCGGACCUAACAUUAAUCCUCUGUUCAUUAUCUUCUAACACGCAUUUGACAUUGCUGUAGUGUUUCUUUUUUGAUAAUCUUCGUUGCUAUCAUUCCAAUAAGAAUAUAUAUAUAUUGCUAAUGACAGUUGUCAGUAUAAAUAAGCUUAGCGACAGGGAUUUUUACAUUCAGAUCUUGUACUGCCACACUGAAAUAAUACAACUGAACAGGUUCGUGUAGUGGUAGAAUACUGUCGGUUUGAAUAGGCAGCUAAAUAAUAGCUUGAAUAACAUAUUCAAUUUGAUUCGAAUUCGACUUAGCAAAUAAUAAGUCAGGUCCAAUACAAUUGAAACACAAAUUUCUGCAUUGCUCGAGAAUUAAUCAAGCAAACGAAACCAAAGUUGACAUGUGGAGGUUUUAGGGUGCAAUAAACGUUUCUUAUUGGUUAGACAUUCUUCCCCCCUCCUUAAAGGGGGCCUGCCAUACAAAUGAAACACAAACAUAUUCCAACCAAACAUGACAAUUGAAAAUUUUCGGAAAACUCUGAAGGAAAAUGGGAAAAUUCGAAAAAUUCAAUUCGAAUAUGUUCUACAAUUACAUAUUGACAAGCAUUGUUAGUUGAUUUGAUGUUUGCGCUAACUGAAUUGAUCUUCGUUCGAAAGUGGAAAUGGAUUUUAAUGUGAUAAAACGCACUUCUAUAUCGUCUUUUAUCUAUAUAAAUAAAAAUGGAUCGCCGAAUAUGUUGAUAAGAGCAAAACUCGAGAAAGGAAUUGUCCGAUUUAGGGCUGUCUUUAUUCUGUCAUAUUUUCUGUAUCCAACAUUUAUUCCAUUUAACGGAUUAACAUGUUAUUUGCAAGUGGAUGAUAAAUCUUGCACGAUAGUUGUGUCUGAAAAUAAUCUGUUAUUAUAAUGUCGAGUUUUGGUAAAAGUACUGAAAUUUUAUAUUUAAAAAUAAUGUUGAACGGUAGAUUAGAAGAUAUCAAUGAACAGUUCUGCGAUUGGACCCAUGAACGUGCGCUUAGUACGAAAACGUGGAUGUGAUAACAAAAAAUAUAUUUUGGGCGGGACGAAGUUUGCCGGGUCAGCUAGUGCUAAAUAAAAGAAACCAAUAAAUCAAUUUUUACGGUUUUACGUUUUUGCGUGGUUUGGAAUGGGAGCUAAAUCAAAACACACAAAACUGUCAAACUGACGUUUCUGUGCACUGAUUUAUGCUGUGAUUUAUGUAUUAGAAUUCUGGAAUCAUUUUUGAUUAGGUCCCACAAUAGUAUUCCAAUAAUAAAACGAGCACAGUCAAUACCAAAACAACACUGCUCAAGUAUUACUUUGGUACUGAAAUUAUCAAAUUUUGAUAUUAAAAAGCUACAUUAUUGUUGAAAAACAAACUUUACAUGUUGUCAUUGUUUUCUUGUUCUUCUUCGUUCUUGCUGCUUUAUAUUCUCGUUUAUUCUCAUCCAUUCCCGAUUUCUCCCCACGAAAAGAGACGUAGUUUUUGUGGCCAGUAUACCUUUCAUCGUAAUGUUCCCCAGUCUGUUUCUAAAGUCUGCUUCAUUUAAUAUUGGAACAAAUUCUUUCGCUCAUUGUGGCGCUCCUAGUGGACGGAUUUGGAAACUUUUUUCACCCACGUGUCGGGAAAUUCAUUACCUUUCACCAUGUAUUUAUGUCAUAACACCAAACGAUAGCAUUUUGUAAACAACCACCAUGGAAGCCGAACGGAGAGAUAAAAUUGUGCACAGUUUUCUUGAAAAUCCAUUGUUGUCGGCAUCUAAGCUAGCUAAACAGCUUAAAAUGCCCAGAAAUACCGUAUGGCGUGUUAUCAAGCAGUACAAGGAAACAUUGACGACGGCUCGGAAGCCGCAUUCGAAGCGUCGGAGUGGAACUGUCGACCGGAAACUGCGUGGGAAAGUCAUCAAGGCCGUCAAGAGGAAUCCCAAUCUUUCAGACCGCGAUUUGGCCAAUAAGUUCCAGGCUGCUCACAGUACGGUGCGACGAAUUCAUCUCCGGGAAAGAAUAAGGUCAUUCCGAGCCAGCAAACAGCCAAAUCGGACGCUGAAGCAGAACAAUGUGGCCAGAAUCCGUGCUCGAAAGCUGUACGACCAAGUGCUGACCAAGUUCGACGGAUGUAUUCUGAUGGACGAUGAGACCUACGUGAAGGCGGGCUUUGGGCAAAUCCCAGGUCAAAAAUUUUAUUUGGCGACGGCUCGGGGGCAUGUACCUGCAAAAUUUAAGUUCGUGUUUGCGGAUAAAUUCGCCCGCAAGUACAUGAUUUGGCAGGGGAUAUGCAGUUGUGGACAGAAAACCAAAGUCCAAAGUCCAAACCAUGACAAGACAAUGACAUCAGAAGUUUACAAAAAAGAGUGCCUACAGAAACGGAUUCUGCCGUUUAUUCGUGCCCACGACCGUCCAGUAAUGUUUUGGCCGGACCUCGCAAGCUGCCAUUACAGCAAAACGGUUAUGGAAUGGUACGCAACGAACGGGGUCAGCGUAAUACCGAAGGACCUCAACCCUCCAAACUGCCCCCAGUUCCGGCCGAUAGAGAAAUACUGGGCAAUCACGAAGCGGAGGCUUAAGGCAAAGGGAAAACUUGUUAGGAACAUGACUCAAAUGAAGAACUGGUGGAAUCAAAUCGCCAAAACGGUGGACGAAAAGGGUGUGCGCCGCCUAAUGUGCCGUAUUACGGGAAAAGUACGAGAAUUUCUUCGAAACAGCAAUGAAUUUUUUUUUUUUAUUUUUUUUAUGAAAGAGUAAAGAAAAUGCUACAUUUGUAUGAAAAACAAAUUAUGAAUUCGUUAAUAAAUGACUGAACUACACGCAAUUGUUUGUGUUCCAAUAUUAAAUGAAGCAGACUUUAUUCUUCAUUUUGUUGAGAUUAUAUUCAGAAAAAAGUUCUUUCCUCAGUUUCCACAGGGUUAGGAAGGGUGAGGUAGGGACAUUAUUUAUACAUUGUAAAACUAUUUUACAUAAAAUGAGUAAAACUGAAGCAAAAAUUUAAAAAACUGGAUAAAACCGGAUAAUAUUAUAAAAACUGGAAGAUUUUAGGAUUGUUCGACUGGAUCGAGAAAAAAAUGGAAGAAUCCAGUUUAAACUGGAAAAUUGGCAACGCUGGCUACAGAACCAGCGCCUUUAGCACUUAUUUCCUUAUUUCCUCAACUUAGUGUGCCCGCAGGCCCAACAACUGAAGCACUAAACCGUUGCAGGAUAAUACGGUCCCGUUCCUACUUAUAGUUACUCAAAGUUGAUGUAUUCUGGUGAUUCGGUUCCAUCCCCCCUUGGGUGAUUUUUCGAUUUUCGAAAAACUCAAAAUUCAAAAAAAUCAUCGGAAAUCGGGGUUUUCAAAAAUUUGUUUUGUGAUUUUUGUGAAGACAUUUGGCAUAAAAAAAAUCGAUUUUCGGCCAAAAUUUUUUUCGAGAGAACACCAGAUCUCGACGUGCAGACAUUCGGCGUGAAAAUAUAUUUUUUUUACCCCGAUUUCAUGGGGAGAACAUGGGGGAUUUUCGAGGGCAAAAAAUCAAAACUUUGAGUGUUUUGAACCUUAGCCUCAUGUUCGAUUGAGCAGAAAUUUUGCAAUGGUAAUUUUUUGGGGCCAGUAAACAAAAUGUCGCUGCCACCCUAAUGUCCAUAUUCCAUAAUUGUGGAUUCUCUUCCAUAACCACACUGGCACGAGAAUAUCCCGUAUGUAGAAUAUUUUUCCCGUUUGGUAACUUAAAAAUAAACAUGAUUCAUCCAUUUGCAACUGAAAUGUAAAUGAUUAAGAAAAUAUCAUUGAAUUCUCUCACAUAAAACAACACUCACCUCUUUCUCGGUUUAUUUAAGAGGCUUUAGCCCUUUGCGGGCGUGUUUAAUUCUGAUAUGUAUGGCGUACUGAUCGGAGUGAAUCUCCCUCGCAAGAGCAGCGAUAACAUGUAUAUCGAAGAUAAACAAGAUCUAUUUUUUGUGAAAUUUUGAUAUGUAUUUACUUAACAAUGUGUUCUGAUGUGAUGUGUUUAUAGAAAUAACAUUUUAUAAAUAACGAAGGAAAAUACCCAGCAUCGUGACUAUCCCCUUAUCUUUCCACGUUCAUAAUCUUUGGUUUAUACCGGGUACCAUUGUCUUCUAUUCAUAGGAGCUCCUUUUUAAUUCGUGAACAGGUUCACUAAACAUUAAUAUUUGUUUAGAGAAAAAUGUAAAUUGAUAUAUAAUUCAAUCUGCUUUCAGACACCACAGCAUGUAACCAUUCUAAUCAUAUACUUUGAUUAGAAUGGUUACAUACUGUAGUGGCUGAAUGCAGACAUACGAGCGCGAGCUUGAGCUUGGGUAGACUGUACACUUCGUAGUUGCUCUCCGUGAUUGACCUGAACCAGCGAAAUUGCACAAAAAACACACUGAAUGUCGCUUGAGAGUAGCAAUCCAUUCUCAUUGUGCAAGUUUCGGUGGAUCGAGCUUCAAAUAGUCAAUAACGACGCCAGCCACGUCCUUCUAGUCACCAGAUGGGUCACCUCUAUAGCGCGGUUCCCUAGCGAUUAUCAUUUGAGGGAUAGUUGUUAGUGGGAAGGGUUAAGAAUCAAGAUUUACUGCGGAUAGUGAUGUGAUUAUGUUAACGCGAACCCAAAACGACUCGACAAAACAUGGGUCCGAGGUUAUCAUCGGGCUACCUGAGAAAUCGAAAGAACUCUACAAUGACUCGAAUCGGCGACUUAUUAUACACUCUGUCCAACUUCUAUAAGACCACCCUGAUUCUAUUUCGUUGCAACACAAACAGUUAGAAUUUCAACAAGAUACAUCCAUACAUUGUUGAAUGUUUAGAAUAAAGCAUAUUUAAGGUCAAUUUCGUUUAAAAGAGUUGUUUGUUUAUUUAUUGUGCUUAAAUAUAAUAUAGAAACUAAAUACUUGAAAUUAAGAACAUUUCAAAAUUCAUAAGGAUCAUCAAUGAAUAAAACGAAUUUCUCGAUAUUUUUCGAUGUUUCCGAAAUUGCGACCUUGAGCUCUUCAAUCGUGAUGUACCGUUUUCCCUCAGUGUAAAUUCUGCGUACAAGGUUCCCCCUAAGAUUUUCAACAGGAUUCAAAUCUGGAGAGCGUACCGACCAGUCCAAAAAAUUAAGUUUUUGGUCCCUAAUCCAUUGUUUAGUUGCUUAGUUAUUGCUUUCUCGUAUGAAUAGUAGCAUUGUUUUCCUGGAAUGUGAAUUUUUUGUGACGAUAUCCACGCAAAAACGGUAGGAGAGAGGAUUCCAGAACUUACGUGAUCCUUGAAUGGUGUGAAAGCUGUCUUGAGCUUUCCGGUUGCACAGAAUCCCGCCCAAAUCAUGCACUAGCCUCCAACAAAAUUUCUGGUUAAAAAAUACUGUUUCUUCUUUCGUCAAUCACGCCAGUGCCCGUUGAAACCAUCAAGACCAUCCUAAUUGAUCUUUUUUCGUCAGUGAAGAUAACCUAUACAUUGGGCCUGAUCACGAACGUCACUUCACGGUGAAAACGAAGUGAAUUGUAUACAACGUUAUUACGGCUGCCACCGUGUGUGUAGAAUCCGGAAGAGUUCAUCCGUCGUGACAACUUCGAUGAACUCGGUGUUAUUAUGAAUAUCACGAUACUGUCACGUCACGGGGAAAAACAAGUAUAUUUGUCACUUGUGGUUUAAAUGGUGAAAGCUAGUCACGCGGAAUGGAGUAAGUUUAAUUUCGGAUUUAUUUAGCUUUUUUGCUAACAUUUUGAGUUGUGUCUUACUUUUUAAAUAAGAAAAGAUAAACAAACAGCAAUGUACUCGCUUGGUGGCAUUUUUAGAACGAAAUUCUGACGUAUCCAGAGGACGUAAAUUUGUUUAUUUGGAUUCGAUAAAUACUAUGCUAUGGGAUGUAACUGAGGACUAAAAAUGUAGCUCCUGUUGAACGAUUAAAACAUGGCGAAAGGUCUAAUUUCGAUUGUCCUAAAUGAAUAGAAAUUUUUUAUUUCUAUUUUAAGGAUUAGACUAACAGAGAGUUGCAACCCCAUAAAAUGGCAAUGGAAGCCACUGGCCACUGACGAUCAUUAUGAUUGAUUAUGCAUAAUAUUGAUUUGCUGAUAGUUUGAAUAUUAAACAAUAACUGUAAUGUUUUCCAACAUUGCAGAGCUGGUUUUUGUAAUUCAAACAUUCGCAAUUGGUGGACAAGACCCGAAUCAGGACGAUAGUUACAUCGAAUAAGGCCAUUGAUCUUUUGUUUUUACGUAAUAGAUAUUUUCAACGAUAUUGUUUUGAAGACAUACUUUGAAUGAAAGAAUAUUUAAAUUUCAAAUAAGGAAAAAAAUGAAUCUAUCAUUGCAUAGCUUUUAAUUUAAUAAUUUUCAAAUUAUUCUCUAGUUCUUUUUCCAUAAUUUUGAUAUCCGUCCAAAGGAAAUCUGAAUCAUUUUCUGCGUAUGGCAGAAAAACUCAUCAGGUGUUUCAUAUGAAAAUUAUGCUUCUGACCGACGGUACUGACCAGUUUCUGUUUAAAUAAUUAUAUCAAACCUCAUGUCCCGUAUAUCAAAUUACACGAGAAUGGGAAGUAUAAGAGGAUUAAACUCCAGAAUCCCAUAUGGGAGUAACUAAGAUUAUACUGAUCAUGAGAUGGAUAAAUUCGGGUUUAUUCUGAAAUAUAGAAGAUAUUAUUAUUCAUCAAAAUUGUAGAAACGGUUGUUCAAAAAUGAUUUUAACGUUAACCUAUACUAACUACUUCUCACUAUUCAAACGAGUAAGACAGAGCUGAGUACAAGAGUAUGCGAGAUAUCAAUUAUUAAACUCAUGAUAGUCAUGCUUUAUCUCUAAAGUAAUUUAUAGAAAAGGAAAUAAAAUUACAUUCCCAUAUGUUCAACAACUACAUCAUUCAAAAGCAACCAAGUGUUCCUCCUCAUCUUUGAACCAGCGUUUGAUUCAGCAAACUAACGCAUCAAGCAAAUGAUUCAUGGAAUGAUUCCGAAUAGUUGGCAUUGAAAUACCGAAUCAUCGAGAUAUAAUCGCAAACUUGUCAUUCUAAAACAUACGUUCAAUUAAAUGAAAUAUUAUCUCAUACACUUAGUUAUUUUACCUACAUAACGUUCAAACGUCCGAAAUUAUGCAACCAACAUAACGUUCAAAAUUAUGCAACUGAGAUGUCUCUUAUAAACGAGAAUGAACUCUUUCACUUCACGGAGUUUAUUUUUACACGCAACUAUCCGUGACAAUGAUGAUAGACACAAAAAGAUUAAGUGAAGUGUAAGUGACGUGAAAGCGUUUGUGACAGUGAUGUUCAUGAUCAGGCCCAUUGAAGAACUUUUCGUUAUGGUAUACAGAAUACAGAAUGUGAAGGGUGUGUCACAUCAAAUUGCAUCACGGAAAAAACGGUGUAGAAAUUUAAUUUUUAGGAAUUAUAUCUUCAGCUUUCGCUUAUAAUCAGAUAAGCGUGUAUAGAUCACGUUGGCCAUGCUUCACUGUCAAUUUUUCGUAAAUUUGGAAAAAUGUCGUCGAACGAAAAAGAGCGUCGUGAAUUAAUCCUGUGCACUCAUUUCGAGAAUCCGGAGUUGUCACAUCGGGACAUCGGUAAGAUGCUGGGAAUCGUCCAAUCCACGGUCAGCAGAGUACUAAAACGAUAUUUCGAGAACCUAACCAUCGACCGGAAGGUGAAGAACGGCAAAAAUGGAUGCUCCGUCAGUGAAAAAGAUCACAAGCGCGUAGUUAAGCAGUUUAGACGCGAUCCGAGAAGUUCGGUGCGGGAUGUCGCCAAUAAGCUGAAUUUGUCAAGUUCAUUCGUCCAGCGGACCAAACAGCGGGAGGGCCUGCGUACAUACAAGGUUCAGAAGGCUCCUAACCGCGAUGAAAGGCAAAACAUGGUGAGGAAGGCGCGAGCCCGGAAGCUGUACACCGAAAUGCUGACGAAGCCGCAUUGCCUGGUAAUGGACGACGAAACCUACGUCAAAGCGGACUUUCGUCAGCUGCCGGGCCUGUUGUUCUUCUCCGCAAAGGACAAAUUCAGCGUUCCGGAGGAGAUUAGCAAGCAGAAACUAUCCAAGUUUGCCAAAAAGUACAUGGUGUGGCAAGCGAUCUGCUCUUGCGGAAAGCGCCCCCUUCGUGAUGACCGGCACGGUAAACGGGCAGGUUUACCUUAACGAGUGCCUACAGAAGCACUUACUACCACUAUUGAAGCAGCACGAGGGCCUGACCAUCUUCUGGCCGGAUCUCGCUUCGUGCCACUAUUCAAAGGACGUGUUGGAGUGGUAAGAAGCCAACGGGGUCACCUUCGUGCCAAAGGAAAUGAACCCGCCCAACGCGCCGGAGCUUCGCCCAAUAGAGAAAUAUUGGGCGAUUAUGAAGCAGGCCCUCCGGAAGAACCCAAAAGUUGUCAAAUCGGAGGCGGACUUCAAGAGAAUGGAUUUCUGUUCAAAAAAAAACUAAAACCUGACGUUGUACAGAACCUUAUGAACGGGGUAAAGCGGAAGGUGCGAGCAUACGGGCUUGGGCUCGAAGUAUGAAUAAAAAGAAAAUGCCAAAAGUUGUUUAAUAGUUUUUAUUUUACUGUCUAAAAUUUUCAAAAGGAUCGGUCUACUGGGCGAAUUUCUACAGCGUUUUUUCCGUGAUGCAAUUUGAUGUGACACACCCUUUAUUCUUUUGGAAACAUUCUUUGUCACAACAUACCAUGUCCCACUGUCGGUUCAUGUGAGCUUUGGCAAAACUCAGACGUCAUCCGAUGUGAGAUGGUGUAAGAUGAGGUUUAACGCUUUAACCUUUUAAACCCUCUUUAUGUGAGGAUUUUUUACCAAACCUUGAUGAAUUGUCAUCCGAUUGCUUUAUAUUGCUUUAUUUGAAUAAGCGAUUUUGAGGUAUUCGAAUCUGUUCUAGCUAUUUCCCGCUUAUCCCAGUCAGAGAGCUUCAAUUUACGUGGAGCUCUCUCCUUCUUAUCGUAUCCUUGAGGAUUCGUCAAAUAAUUGAGCACUACUUGAUGGGAUCGUCCAAUCCGACGAGAAAUUUCUUCGAUACCAACAUUUUCUUGGAGGAAUGCAUCGAUUUGUCUUUCUUUUCUUUACGUGAGCACAUUUUCAUUAUUUAUUGAUCAAAACAACUAAAACAACGGGAAAAUGUAACUGGUCUUAUAGAAAAUUGGCACUUGGAAAAUAUAAAACCUUUGAUUUACGCUCAGAGAUUACACACACACAUAUGAAAAUUAUGCAGUGUAUGGUAGUCACCAAUACGAACACACUAGAAUAUAAGUAGAAGCAUUGGUUAUUUAUAAUGGCACAAAGCAGCAAUAUCGUCACCUGGUCUUAUAGAAGUUAGACAGAGUGUAUUAUUUUUGCGCCUGGUAUUCUCUUGUAUUCUCAGAUCGCGACGCCGAAGAUUAACUGAAAGGUAACUGAAAGAACUCCUCAAUGGUUCGAAUCGACGAUAUAUUAUGAGAUCGUUCACGCGUAGUAUACCUCUAUUGAAUUCCCUAAAAGUCAUGAAUGGGUUACCUGAGAAGGUAACCGAAAUAACUCCUCUAAAAUGAUUUGAAUCGACCGCUUAUUAUAUGACUUUUCGCGCAUGGUACUCUCUUGUAUUGUCAAAUCGCGACGCCGGAGAUUAUUAUGAACAAGUUGAGCUCCGUGUUGGUCGCUAGGGGCCGACAUUGAGUAUUUCGUUAGAAAAACGUUAAUCACUAGGAGUGACAGUUACUAAAUUGUAACGUUUGAUAAAAAAAUAUGUUGAGAAAAAAAAGGAAAAAAUAAUUCAAUUUAAAUUCAAAGUUCUUUAUUAAUUGUUUAGGUAGUAAUACAAUAUAUAAAAAAACAGCUCAUAGUGUUCCGUUUGCGAUUACGUUUAAGGAUAAUCAAGGUAAAAAACUAAAGGAAACUUAUCUCUCCUGAAUUAAUUUACUUUAUAAACCCUUUGUGAACAGGAACGCCUUUUCAUCAGGCGGCUUAUCCAGGACCUUGCUGCUGGACAAUUGAUUCGGUUGAAUACCGGGUGAGUCUGCAACCACGGCGAAACGAACCGGAGCGAACCCGAACGUCCGACUCGGUGCAUCCGCAGUAUCCCGCUGUACAUGCCAAACGCACUUGGAGGAACUUGGAGGAAGACCGAUCGGUGGCUCGCCUGUGUGGUGGCAGACCACCCGCAGGCAAGCACGUCCCCGAGUUCUGGAGCGAAUCCGGAGAUCGACAGAUUAUAGUUUGUUCAAAACAAUAAAACGGAGAAUGGAAUGGAUCGAGAAUCAUGUUUCGUAGCUUUUCUGAACAACAUUACAGAUUGGAAGACCUACAUAAUGCAGCGAGCAAAACACAGCAGCAGCAAGCAGUUGUUCGACUUAUUUCAUGGAGGGGGGCCCAUCGAAUCGGAUAUUUUAUUUCGAAGAAAAAUAAAUGAAAAUGCAACAGUUGCAGACGAAAACGGCAGUAUUUAUUUGUCGAUGCUCGGAAAAAUAAUAUGCAUCCUGAACAUAUCCGUAAAGUUAUUCGUGGUCAUAGUGAUAUGAAGCGAACCGUGCAGAGAGUUUUGCAGUGAUGAAAUUGUAUGCUAACGUUCCGGUGCUGCAUCAUAUCGUCUCGUGAUGUGCGGUUGGAAAUAAGACCGAUGCCGUUCCAACGAAUCCAACGAUAUACUGAUAGCGUGUAGGAACCAGAACAAUUGAAGGUUAUCAAAAUUGAUUCAAGGUCAAUUCCUGCGAACAUGAGUGAACACCAGUUUUUGACUGAAGUGGCGUGUUUCAACACAAAAAGUAACCACCACCAGCAUCGCUAUGUGGAUUUACAAACGGAUCCUAUAUACUAUGACUUUCAUCAUGACAUAGUCUCCGGAUAUUGUUCAUGGGAGGUCUAAAUGUUCAUCUAUCACCAAGGACCGUUAGUAUUGAAAAUUGGAAUGAUUGCGAUAGCAUUUUGUCAGCCCAUUCGCGCUAAAUAAUUGCUAAUUGUGUAAUAAUAUGCUGAGAUGUUUAUAUUAUUGUGAAACUCUCAAAAAUAUUUCGAGAUAGUAGAGCGGUCUUCAAAUCAUUGAUUUCUUCAUUCGUCGUGACAGUACGCAGAAUACCAGAGGAUGUCACGGAUUGAUAUUAUGGAACUGAUGAAUUGUAAUACUGAACGCUAUUCCGGUAGGGAACGAUCGGUAGACAUUCAAACAAAAUAGUAACGAAAUUAAAUUUAAAAAUAG